UAAUUCGGCUUAUUAGAGAAAACUGAAGAAAAGAUGGCGUGGUGUCGAGCAUUGUUGUUUGUUCUGUGUGCAGUAUGGCUCUUACCAGAGGCUAGAGGAUACUUUGCUCAUAUAGAUGCACAUGCUCAAGAAUGUUUCUUUGAUAGAGUGAGCUCUGGGAUGAAAAUGGGCCUCACGUUUGAAGUAGUGGAAGGAGGUUUCCUUGACAUUGAUGUGAAGAUAACAGGCCCCGAUGACAGAACGAUAUACUCGGGUGAGCGUGAGUCGAGUGGCAAGUACACAUUUGCUGCUCACAUGGACGGGUUGUACAGGUACUGCUUCAGCAACCAGAUGUCUUCUAUGACCCCCAAGAUUGUCAUGUUCACUAUGGAAGUGGGGGAAGCCCCGAAAGACCAUGCCAUGGGAGACGACCAGGGUAAACUUGAGGAGAUGGUGAAUGAGCUGUCUAUGGGCCUGGCUGUCAUUAAGCACGAGCAAGAGUAUAUGGAAGUCAGGGAGAGGAUACACAGAAUGAUCAAUGACAACACUAACUCGAGGGUGGUCUGGUGGUCCGUGUUUGAGUCCUUCCUCCUCAUUGCCAUGACGUUUGGACAAAUCUACUACCUCAAGAGAUUCUUUGAAGUCAAGAGAGUCAUCUAGGGAAAAUUUUAGGACAAUUAUAAUUCAUACAUGUACAUGUGUAGGACUACCUGUGUAUAUCAAAAUUCUCUCAUCAUGUG